AUGUCCCCGUCAUCGGAUCCUCCCCAGACGGAGCCAGCUGUCUGUGGGCCUCCGGAAUGCUCAGAGGAAGCGGUCGCAAUAGCAACUUCGACCAAAACGUUCGACGGCACACCAUACCAGGACCAAGCCACCACCUCCUCGCAGCCAAGAAAAUUCCUGGGAAAUCUCAAAGAUGCCACGUUCGAGUUUCUCGUCGACAAGGGCCUGUUCAUAAGAUGCCUCAUCCGCAAGUUUGUAGAGCGGGAGUUCCGCCGCCAAGCCCAGGCGAUAUCGUCGCCGACUGUUGAAGCGGCCAUGGCCCGCAAGAUGGCCUUCAUCAGGGAGCUGAGGAACUCGGAAAUCGCCAUCCACACCGAGGCGGCCAAAAAGCAAGAAUAUGAAGUGGCUUCAGGCAUCAUGGAGGGCGCCCUCGGCCCGCGCAUGAAGUACAGCUGCUGCCUAUUUGAGACGGGCAACGAGACGUUGGCCGAGGCCGAAGACAAGAUGCUAAACACCUACGUCGAGAGGAUGGGUUUCGAGGACGGCAUGAGCCUGCUCGACCUUGGCUGUGGGUGGGGUGCGGGCGUCCUCUAUUUCGCCGAGCUGUUCCCCAAUUCUCGUGUCGUUGGCUUUUCCAACUCGCUCAGUCAGAGGGAAUACAUUCGGAAAAAGGCUAAAGAGAAGGGCAUCCGCAACAUCAUCGUCUGGACCGUUGACAUUGCCAUGGCCGACCUGGGGCAAAAGCGCUACGACCGCAUCCUCUCAUGCGAGAUGUUUGAACGCCUCAAGAACUACGACCGCAUGCUGGCCAAGGUCGCGCGGGCGCUCAAGCCGGGCGGCAAGUUCCUGCUACAAAUGACCUGCCACAAGGACACGCCGUACCACUUCGACUCGGGCUGGCUGGCGAAGCACUUCUUCACGGGCGGAACCAUGCCCUCGAGCGACCUAAUGGUGCAUUUCCAGCAGGAAGACCUGACCAUCGCAAAGCAGUGGCACAUCCAUGGCCGCCACUACGACCAGACCGCUUACCGCUGGCUCAACAACUUCGUCGCCAACGAGGAAACGGUGUGGCCUCGUCUAGUUGAGUAUUAUGGCCGGAAGAACGCUGACGUCUGGUUCAACCGCUGGCAAAUCUACUUCCUGACCCGGUGCAUGAUGUUCGGAUUGGACCAUGGGAAUACCUAUGCAGUCAAACACUUGCUGUUUGAGAAGAAGGAGAAGGAGAAGGAGAAGGGGAACGAGAAGGAAAAGGGGAAGGAGAAGGGGGACGAGAAGGAGAAGGAGAAGGAGAAGGAGAAGGAGAAGGAGAAGGAGAAGGAGAAGGAGAAGGAGAAGGAGAAGGAGAAGGAGAAGGAGAAGGAGAAGGAGAAGGAGAAGGAGAACAAGGGAGCAGACGGUGUGGAAAGGCGGGAUUUUGCGAGAACUGAUUGA